UUAUUUUACCUCUCUUCUUUUUCAAAAAAAUACACCUAAAAAAACAGUCACCGGAACAGAUACUUCUGAAUAUCUUCUUCACCGGACCUUUCCAUUUCUCUUUCUAGAGAGAGAAACAAAGAAAAUUAGUGCUUAAAGAGAGAAUACAAGCUUUCAAAAAUCCCAAAUUAUUCCUUUUUUCCUACUAAAUUAGGGUUUAUUUGAUAUUUUACUCUCAUUUUCUUCCCCAAAUCACUGUUCCAACUUAAAAAAAAAAUUCAAUCUUUAUAUUAAAGAUUCAAUCUUUUUUCAUUUUUUGCUUCAAGUUUAAGUCUUUUUUUUUCUUUUUUUUUUAAUACCUUUUAUCAUUGACAAUUUUUCUUCCAUUGAAGGAUAUUAAGAAGCUUAGAAUUCAAGUUGAAUAAGCUUUAAUCAGGAAUUUUAAGAAAAGGGUUGUUCUUGUUUUUUUAUGUUAUUUCCAAAAAAUUUCUGAAAAAAGUUAGGUAAAUUUACUUUGAUUUGUUCUCUGUUUUAUUAUUGGGAAGACUUGACUAUUCAUAGGGAAGAGAGAGAAAGUUUUGGCUUUUAUUGGGGUGAUAAACCCCAAUUGCUUCUUUUGAUGCAUCAUUUAAGAUAAAUAUUGGUGGGUUUUAUUUGCUUUUUAAUUUCCUUUUGUGGGUCUUUAAGAAAAAUUGAAAUGAGACAUUCAGAAAUUAUUUGAGAAGUAAAGCAUGAAUUUUUGUGGAGAGGAGAAUGAUGGUGGGUCAAACCCGAGUUCAGGAAACGGGCCGAUCACCGGGUCACUUGAUGAGAGUCUUCUUGUUGACCCUAAGUUGUUGUUUAUUGGGUCUAAGGUUGGAGAAGGAGCUCAUGGCAAGGUUUAUGAAGGCAGAUAUGGUGACAAAAUUGUGGCUAUCAAAGUUCUUAACCGGGGAAGUACAACCGAUGAAAGGGCAGUGCUUGAAAAUCGUUUUAUUCGGGAGGUUAACAUGAUGUGUAGAGUAAAACAUGAGAACCUUGUCAAGUUUAUAGGAGCAUGCAAAGAUCCGUUGAUGGUUAUAGUUACUGAACUGUUACCAGGACUAUCUCUGCGGAAAUACUUGAACACCCUUCGUCCAAACAAGUUAGAACUCAAUGUGGCGUUGAGUUAUGCGCUUGACAUUGCUCGUGCGAUGGAGUGUCUGCACGCAAAUGGAAUCAUACACAGAGAUUUGAAGCCUGAUAAUUUGCUGCUUACUGCAAAUCAGAAGUCGGUAAAGCUAGCAGAUUUUGGUCUUGCGAGAGAAGAAACUCUGACGGAGAUGAUGACUGCCGAAACAGGAACGUACCGGUGGAUGGCUCCUGAGUUGUACAGUACAGUCACUUUGCGCCAAGGAGAAAAGAAGCAUUACAACAACCGGGUAGAUGUUUAUAGUUUUGGAAUCGUCUUAUGGGAGUUAUUGACGAAUCGUAUGCCUUUCGAAGGCAUGUCCAAUUUACAAGCUGCAUAUGCUGCUGCAUUUAAGCAAGAGAGGCCAACUAUACCAGAUGAUAUAGCCUCUGAUCUCGCUUUCAUCAUACAGUCAUGUUGGGUUGAGGAUCCUAACUUACGACCAAGUUUCAGUCAGAUUAUCCGCAUGCUGAACGAAUAUAUCUUUACAGUUGCACCACCCGAACCUCCUCAACAGCCGCGUCUACCUGAAUCUGUCGUCAAUCAAGAUGCUUCGACAAGUAAUGGUGCUAUAACAGAGUUUUCUGCACGUGCGAAAGGAAAAUUCUCGUUCAUUCGCCAACUUUUCGCUGCUACAAGGAGGUCGAAGAACUUGUAAUGAAGAAAGGCAGCGAAUUGUGCACCGGAUUUAUGCUCGGUAAAUAGGUAUUUCGGGCCCAUCGACUUUUUUUGUGUAAUACUUUCCCGAUUAGUUCGGAAAAUAUAAUGAUGGUUAGUUCAGUAGAAUUGUUGAAAGAAAUAGCAUGUUAGUUGGAAAACAUGGUCAUGUUUAGAAAUAAAAAGGAAAUACACAAGUUGUCAAUAGUACAUCAAUACUCACUUCAUUGUA